UCAGAAGUCAAACCUUAUCGCACAUAGGAGAAUCCACACCUGUGAGAAACUGUAUGGAUGCUCUGAGUGUGGGAAAAGCUUCAGUCAGAGCUCAGAUCUUAUCAGACAUCAGAGAAUCCAUACCGGCGAAAUGCACUACACGUGCUGUGAGUGUGGGAAAAGCUUCAGUCGGAGCUCACAGCUUAUCACACAUUGUAGAAUACACACUGGAGAGAUGCCCUACACGUGCUCUGAGUGUCAGAAAAGUUUCAGUUGGAGCGCACACCUUAUCAGACAUCAGAGAAUCCAUACAGGGGAGACGCCCUACACGUGCUCUGAGUGCGGGAAAAGCUUCAAUCAGAGCUCUGCCCUGAGUGCACACAGGAGAAUCCACACAGGUGAGAAACCGUAUGGAUGCUCUGAGUGCGGGAAAAGCUUCAAUCAGAGCUCUGCCCUGAGUACACAUAGGAGAAUCCACACAGAUGAGAAACUGUAUGGAUGCUCUGAGUGCGGGAAAAGCUUCAAUCACAGCUCUGCCCUGAUCACACAUCAGAAAAUCCACACAGGGGAGAAGCCCUACACAUGCUGUGAGUGUGGGAAAAGCUUCAGUUGGCGCUCACACCUUAUCAGACAUCAGAGAAUCCACACAGGGGAGACUCCCUACACGUGCUCUGAGUGCGGGAAAAGCUUCAGUCAGAGCUCUGCCCUGAGCACACAUAGGAGAAUCCACACAGGAGAGAAACUCUACACAUGCUCUGAGUGCGGGAAAAGCUUCAAUCAGAAUUCCAACCUUAUAAAACAUCAGAGAAUCCACACAGGGGAGAGGCCCUAUGAAUGCUGUGAGUGUGGGAAAACCUUCAAACGCAGCUCAGCCCUUUCUGAACAUCAGAGAAUCCACACUGGGGAGAGGCCCUAUGAAUGCAGUGAGUGUGGGAAAAGCUUCACUAGCAGCUCAGGCCUUUCUAAACAUCAGAGAAUCCACACAGGAGAGAGGCCCUAUGAAUGCAGUGUAUGUGGGAAAACCUUCUAUUGCAGUUCGCACCUUAUUAGGCAUGAGAGAAUCCACACAGGGGAGAGGCCCUAUGAAUGUAGUGAGUGUGGAAAAUGCUCCACUAACAUCUCAGACCUUUCUAAACAUCAGAGAAUCCACACCGGGGAGAGGCCCUAUGAAUGCAGUGAGUGUGGGAAAAGCUUCACUAGCAGCUCAGGCCUUUCUGAACAUCAGAGAAUCCACAGAGGGAAGAGGCCCUAUGAAUGCAGAGAGUGUGGGAAAACCUUCAAUCGCAGUUCGCACCUUAUUAGGCAUCAGAAAAUCCACACAGGGGAGAGGCCCUAUGAAUGCAAUGAGUGUGGGAACACCUUCAGUCGCAGUUCGCACCUUAUUAGGCAUCAGGGAAUCCACACAGGGGAGAGGCCCUAUGAAUGCAGUGAGUGUGGGAAAAUUUUCACUUACAGAUCAGGCCUUUUUCUCCAUCAGAGAAUCCACACAGGAGAGAGACCCUAUGAAUGCAGUGAGUGUGGGAAAACCUUCAAUCGCAGUUCGCACCUUAUUAGGCAUGAGAGAAUCCACACAAGGGAGAGGAUGCCCUAUGAAUGCAGUGAGUGUGGAAAAUGCUUCACUAAGAGCUCAGCCCUUUCUGAACAUCGGAGAAUCCACACAGGGGUGAGGCCCUAUGAAUGCAGUGAGUGUGGAAAAUGCUUCACUAAGAGCUCAGCCCUUUCUGAACAUCAGAGAAUCCACACAGGAGAGAGGCCUUAUGAAUGCAGUGAGUGUGGGAAAAACUUCACUUACAGAUCAGGCCUUUUUAACCAUCAGAAAAUCCACACAGGGGAGAGUCCCUAUGAAUGCUGUGAGUGUGGGAAAACCUUCAAGUGCAGCUCAGCCCUUUCUGAACAUCAGAGAAUCCACACUGGGGAGAGGCCCUAUGAGUGCACUGAGUGUGGGAAAAACUUCACUCAAAGAGCAGGUCUUUUUCUCCAUCAGAUAAGUCACAGAGGGGAGAGGCCCUAUGAAUGCAGUGAGUGUGGGAAAACUUUCAGUCGCAGCUCACACCUUAUUAGGCAUCAGAGAAUCCAUACAGGGGAGAGGCCCUAUGAAUGCAGUGAGUGUGGGGAAAGCUUCACUAACAGUUCAGCCCUUUCUGAACAUCAGAGAAUCCACACAGGGGAGAGGCCCUAUGAAUGCAGUGAGUGUGGGAAAGACUUCACUCGCAGAUCAGGCCUUUUUCAACAUCUGAGAAUCCACACAGGAGAGAGGCCCUAUGAAUGCAGUGAGUGUGGGAAAACCUUCACUAGCAACUCAGCCCUUUCUGAACAUCAGAGAAUCCACACUGGGGAGAGGCCCUAUGAAUGCAGUGAGUGUGGGAAAAACUUCACUCACAGAUCAGGCCUUUCUGAACAUCAGAGAAUGCACACAGGAGAGAGGCCCUUUGAAUGCCAUGAGUGUGGAAAAUGCUUCACUAGCAAAUCAGUCCUUUCUAAACAUCAGCAAAUCCACACAGGGAAGAGGCCCUAUGAAUGCAAUGAGUGUGGGAAAACCUUCAUUCGCAGCUCGCACCUUAUUAGGCAUCAGAGAAUCCACACAGGAGAGAGGCCCUGUGAAUGCAGUGAGUGUGGGAAAAACUUCACUAGCAGCUCAGCCCUUUCUGAACAUCAGAGGAUCCACACAGGGGAGAGGCCCUAUGAAUGCAGUGAGUGUGGGAAAACCUUCUCUUGGCACUCAGCCCAUUUUAGGCAUCAGAGAAUCUGCAAGGGAGAUCAACACCAUAAAAACCUCUAGGGCUAUCAGUUGGCUCAGACCUAAACUUUGUUGGCUCAGGCCUAAAACUUUGGUUGAGGCCUGAACAAUAGUCAUGAUUACCCCCCUUUUAUGGUUCUGGAGACAAGGUGAAGGAAAAGUACAAAAGCAGAACGUUCUGUAAUCACUAGGCUUGCAAAAUAUAACUGCCCACGGCUAGUGUUAGAGAAAGCUUAUACUGCAAAGGGCAAACUGUGAAUAACAGGAAAGCUGGCUGGUGCUGUCUUCCUUUUAUGGAAAGUGUAUUCCACUUAUUGGAAAAAUGUCAACAAGGAAUGUGACAGACCCAAACCGGUGGGGUACAGGAGUCUGGAAGUAUCCCAGGGAGUUGUAGCUGUCACGCAGCUGUUACAGGAGGCACUAUAGACAGCUGCAAUCCACAGGGCCCUGGGCUGGAACC